ACAAAAGCCAGUAAUCACAAAGAGGAAACCAUAUAAUUUUAUAAUUUUAGCUUCUGCUGUCUGGAUAGUUAGUGGUCAGCACUUAGCUGCAGAAAUCUUCUGAUUAUCCCUGAAAAUAAUGCUCAUCUCACAAAGCAGUCUGCCACUUGGGAAGAUGGCAUUUUGGGUUGGACAGUGUCGAUCUAGAAUUGUGGAAGCCAGCUGAGGGGAAAGUCAGCUGGAGCCUUUGCAUGUGGGCACAUUCUGUGUAAGGUGAUUACUUCCUGCUCACUAGAGGAAUCCCCUAGUCUCUAUGGUGACAUGGCUUUCUUUGCCCUUUGGUGCUCUCCCUAAGCACUGGCUCCCCUGUGAGGAGGCAAGACCCUGACGGCCAUAUUCCCUAAGAGGCAAGUUGACCGUUUCCUCUGUUGGUGCUGAAGACUGACAAAUGAUUAACCCCCUGGAAAAUCUGGUUAGACCUCGGUUAUGGUCAUGAGUUCAGCCUUUUGAACUGCAGGCUUAAAUUAUUUUCCCAACAUUGUACCCAAUCGGGCGUCCCUGUGGACUCGGCUAUGGAAACUCUCCCUUGGGACAGAGUGGGUGCAGGGGGCGUGGGAAGUGAAGGAAGGAAGCCUCCGACUGCUGUUUGUGGAGGACGGGAAGACUGAGCUGGCGCUGAGGAGGGAUCCCUGGCCGCCUCCAUUACCCGUGUCUUCCUGUAUGGAACAAGAAGAUAAGCAAGGAGUGUGUGAAGCCCAGGACCCAGAGGACAAAUGGAUGGGCUCCGAUUUUGAGAACUCUGAGGACAGGGAAGGGGACCCAGAAGAAAGAGGAAUGGGCUCUAAUCUACAGGACACAGACAAGAGAGAGAACCACCUGGAGCAGAUGGGCUCCAACCCACAGGAUGAAGCUCUAAGAGGGGACUCAGAGGAGAGGGAAACAGUGCCAGACAUCUGCACAGAUGGGCUGCUGAGUGAGGACGAAAGGGUCGUUCUCCGUGAGGAAGAGGAUGGCCAACCUGGCGUAACUGAAAUGGCGAUGUUCCCAGGACUGUCUGAGUCCGACAGCAUAUCCCGAAGCCCCGAAGAGGAGGAGGAGAGUGCUGGGGAGAACCGGCUGGAGGAGGAGGAGGAGCAGCCGCCCCCGCCCGUGCUUCCCUGGAGGCGGCACCUCUCCUUGGGGACUCGGCACCGGGGCGAUAAGCCUGCCCACCGCCGCUUCCGCAGGCUCCACCAUCCCAUGGCCGUGGAUCUCGGGGAACUCGACAGCCUGAUGGCCAGCAUCAUGGACGCGCCCACCAUCUGCCCGGACUGCGGGGAGAGCUUCAGCCCCAGCACCGCCUUCCUGCAGCACCAGCGCAUUCACCGCCUCGCGGAGGCCGCCGCCGUGGCCGGGUUGGAGCCCUUCGGCUUCGCGGGCGAGUGCGGCGCGGUGGUGGGGAUGAUGGGAGUGGGCGUGCCGGGGGGCUUCGGGCCGGGCCCUGCACUGGGCCGGCCCCCGCGCGAGAAGCCCUUCCGCUGCGGCGAGUGCGGCAAGGGUUUCAGCCGCAACACGUACCUGACCAACCACCUGCGCUUGCACACGGGCGAGCGGCCCAACCUGUGCGCUGACUGCGGCAAGAGCUUCAGCUGGCGCGCCGACCUGCUCAAGCAUCGGCGCCUGCACACCGGCGAGAAGCCCUAUCCGUGUCCGGAGUGCGGCGAGGCCUUCAGCCUCAGCUCACACCUGCUGAGCCACCGGCGAGCGCAUGCGGCCGCCAGCGGCGCGGGGGUGGCGGCGCUGCGGCCUUUCGCGUGCGGCGAGUGCGGCAAGGGCUUCGUACGCCGCUCGCACCUGGCCAACCACCAGCGCAUCCACACCGGCGAGAAACCGCACGGCUGCGCCGAGUGCGGCAAGCGCUUCAGCUGGCGUUCGGACCUGGUGAAGCACCAGCGCGUGCACACGGGCGAGAAGCCCUACAUGUGCUCCGAGUGCGGCGAGACCUUCAGCGUCAGCUCGCACCUCUUCACGCACAAGCGCACACACUCUGGCGAGCGGCCUUACGUGUGCCGCGAGUGUGGCAAGGGCUUCGGCCGCAACUCGCACCUGGUGAACCACCUGCGCGUGCACACCGGGGAGAAGCCCUUCCGCUGCGGCCAGUGCGAGAAGCGCUUCAGCGACUUCUCCACGCUCACGCAGCACCAGCGCACGCACACGGGCGAGAAGCCCUACACGUGCAUCGAGUGCGGCAAGAGCUUCAUCCAGAGCUCGCACCUGAUCCGCCACCGCCGUAUCCACACGGGCAACAAGCCGCACAAGUGCGCCGGCUGCGGCAAGGGCUUCCGCUACAAGACGCACUUGGCGCAGCACCAGAAGCUGCACCUGUGCUAGGGGGAGGCCGGCCGGAGGGAGGCUGUCUCUGGGGAGCAUGCGGCAGAGUAGAUGUCCUCGGACAGACCCUAUAGGAAGACGUGGGGAGUGGGUGGGAGGGA